UGUUCGCAGGCGCCAAGGGCGCAUCAAUAUGGCGAAGAAUUUGAAAAUAGCCCUCUUGAGGCAUCAGCUGUUCGCUUCGUUCCGUUGACACAGUUUCGGUGUUUUGAUGGGUGUCUUAGCCAUGUGCCAAUUGCCAUGGGUGCCAUCGCCUCGGUGCUUCAAUGGCAUUGCGGCUCGUGCAGCUUAAUAAACCCAACCGAGCAGCUGAAAUGCAUCAGAUGUGGUACCAGCAGACAGAUCCAGCACACAAACAAAGGCCAUGACAUUGCUGGAAGCGACCCAUUUGCUGGUGGUAGCAGCAGUGCAAAUUGUACAGUAAUAAGACGCUUAAAAUCCACAGCUAAAUCCUCAUUACACGACAGCGGCUCUCUAAAGCGGAAUUGUUCGUCGUUGGUGCGUAACACCGUCAUAAACACCGUUCUCUUGCUCCAAAGAAGCGCCUCAGUUAAAAUAACCGAAAAGAAACCGCUUGGCAAUAACAUCCACAAAUCUAAAAGUUUCCAAGACUUGACCAGACACAACGUUUGUGAAAACUGCUCGGUUGUUUUUGUUUCGGUUGCAAGACGGUGUCUUUUGUGUGAAGGGGGCGUAGGAAUGAUGAACGUAGCUCAAUCACCUUGCAAAAAUUGUGCUUCACUCACUCCAAUCGAACAACCAAAUUUCAGGAAUUAUGACAUACUUAAUUGUGAUAGACCGUUAACGUGCGUGUGUCAAAGAGCAAAGAACAACAGUUUCAUUUCACUUUCGAGCAUUGAAAGUUUCAGUUGUUCGGUUGCACAACAAUUACACUGUGAUCCUUUAAUACCAAGCAACAUUCGAACCACUGCGAGCGGAAUUAAUAAAGGGCAUAGCCCUAAUUAUACGUGGAAUAAGGGGGCGAUUGGUGGGAAUUCCUGGACUUGUAAACGAUGCACUUUACUAAACGGACCUAAUAGAGAUGUUUGUGAAGCGUGCGAAACGCCGCACACCUCAGAUCUAAACAGCAAUUUUAAUCCGAGCGUUAUCAUCAAGGUUGAUAAUUGGGCCGAUAAUGAAGCGUUGAGAAACCCAAGUCACAAUCAACGGCCCUCAUAUCGCCGCUCUUUUUCCGAACUCCCCACAUCCCAGAAUCUCCACGUCCCGAAUAUUAAUCGUAGAAGUCUCGGUAACGAAGUGUUGGAGUCAGUUUUUCCAAAAUCGAGCACUUCAAUGACCGAUAUACAAUCCUCUCAACAUUCCUUCGAUGGCAUUACGACUAGAUAUAGUAAUCUUAAUUUAAAUAGAAGUACAAGUGAUAUUACGUGCAAUGAAGGUGCCACUGCCACCACUUUAUACACCUACAUUGGCAUUUCGGAACCGGAUAAAGACAAAACACAUAUUUACGAAAAUCAAGGAAUCGUCAACGCUCACAACAGCAAAAAAGGCGAUUUUGAUAGUGAACAACACGACAAAAUAUUGCAAGCGCUGAAAUCGGGAAGCAAUUCAGUUAACAUAAACUGGCCGUUUGAUAAAAGAAAAUGGACUUGUCGGCAGUGUUCUUUUGCAUACAAUGAUUUUAAUAAUUUCAAGUGCGAUAUUUGUAAAGGUCCGAGAACCAGACCCUCAUUGAAUGAACCUUGCACUGUCACUGUCACAGAGGAUAGGAAUAGUGGAGCCACUCCAUUGUCUUUGAAUUGGAGCGACUCCAUGGAGCUGCAGGUGCCCCUGGCGACGCUGGACCAAGACCUGGACGACGACUUCCAGCUCUUGCCAGGACUUUUUCUAGGCGAUGAUAGUCCAGUAGACGACCAGAAAUGGACUUGUAAAAAAUGUACGCUUGUAAAUAGCGGUCGUUCGUUAAUUUGUGAGGCUUGUUGCGGUUCAAAAUUGCGUUCGCUUUCAAUGACUGGCGAUAUGACGCUUCGAAAAGGCGAAUUUUGGUCGUGUGUUAAAUGUACUUUGAAAAAUCCGUUAACGGCGCCGAUUUGUAAAGCCUGUAAGACUGAGAAAAAUAGUUUAGAUGUGGUGGCAUUGUCGAAUCGAAAUCCAUCACCACGUCACGGUUCAUCCAAAAAGUACAAUAAAAGUUCGUACGCCAAAGUAAAUCAUAAUCAGAAAGUUAUUGUGAAUCGAAGCAAAACUCGAAUUAAUUUGAUGUCGGAUUUAGAUCAUAGUCAGAGUAAUGCGAUUAAAGCGUGGCAGUGUAUGAUUUGCACUUUUGAAAAUACCAAGUCUCAAAUUAUCUGUGAUAUGUGCCAGAAAAUACGUGAAGAUAUUAGGACCACGCCUCCUGAAGAACCGUCAAGGUUGAGUCAAGAGGAAUUAGCUAAUAAGCAUUGGAAUUAUAUAGUGAGAUAUUGUAAGUUGAAGAAGCAGAGUUACGUUGAUGAAUCUUUUCCGCCGUCACCGAGUAGUCUUUAUUAUAAUCCUUCGGAAGUCAAAGACGCUCACACGGUUAAAUGGAAACGACUCCGUGAUAUAACAGUCGAUGACGGUCCAGACUCCGAUCUAAUUUGGGCCGUGUUUCGAAAACCACACCCUUCCGACAUUUCGCAAGGAGUUUUGGGCAAUUGUUGGCUGUUGAGUGCCUUAGCCGUGCUGGCAGAACGCGAAGAUCUCAUUCGAGCUGUCUUGAUAACGAGAGAUUUUUGCCAUCAGGGAGUUUACCAAGUCAGACUCUGUAAAGAUGGCAAUUGGACCACUGUUCUCGUUGACGAUUACUUUCCAUGUGAUAAAAAGGGACACUUGUUUUAUUCCCAAGCGAAGCGGAAACAACUUUGGGUUCCUCUAAUCGAAAAAGCCGUCGCUAAAAUUCACGGUUGUUACGAAGCUCUAGUUUCGGGGCGUGCAAUUGAAGGUUUAGCAACACUAACUGGGGCACCUUGUGAAUCUAUUCCUCUUCAAGCUUCUUCAAUUCCUGCUCCUGCUGAGGAGGAACUUGACACUGAUCUCAUUUGGGCACAACUUUUGUCUUCACGUCAGGCACUUUUUUUAAUGGGGGCGUCAUGUGGUGGCGGCAAUAUGAAAGUGGACGAAGUCGAGUACCAAAAUAAGGGACUUAGACCACGUCACGCCUAUUCUUUGUUAGAUGUUAGAGAUGUGGAUGGUUAUAGGCUUCUUAAAUUACGAAAUCCUUGGGGACAUUUCGUAUGGAAGGGCGAUUGGUCGGACACUUCCGACAAGUGGACGCGGGCGCUCCGCAUGGAAUUAAUGCCAGAAGGGCCACAAGAUGGUACUUUUUGGAUUUCGUUCGGUGAUGUUUUGAAAUAUUUCGACUGCAUCGAUAUUUGUAAAGCACGGAAUGGUUGGAACGAAGUUAGACUUUCGGGUGUUUUACCGCCACUUUCGUCACAGAAACACUUGUCUUGUAUUUUGCUCACGGUUUUGGAACCCACUGAAGUCGAUUUUACGCUUUUUCAAGAGGGCCAACGCAAGUCGGAAAAAUCUCAACGAUCUCAGCUCGAUUUAUGUGUUGUUCUUUUCAAAGCACGAAACGGUUCAACCAUUGGUAGUUUAGUGGAACAUAGCAAAAGACAGGUUCGAGGUUUCGUCGGUUGCAAUAAAAUGUUAGAAGCUGGGGAAUAUGUUGUUGUUCCGUUAGCCUUCAAUCACUGGCAUACUGGUUUGGAAGAUCUCACUGCAUUCCCAAGAUAUGUUUUAGCCAUUCACAGUUCAAAGAAAUUACUGGCAGAACAAUUAACUCCUCCUGAUUGUAUUUUGGCCGAUUCGAUAAUUUCCUUGACUUUGGCACGUGGCCAAAGACAUGAAGGUCGUGAAGGUAUGACCGCUUAUUAUUUGACCAAAGGAUGGGCGGGUUUGGUCGUCAUGGUUGAAAAUCGCCAUGAAAAUAAAUGGAUUCAUGUGAAAUGUGAUUGUCAAGAAAGUUAUAAUGUGGUGUCAACACGUGGUACGUUGAAAACGGUCGAUUCUGUGCCUCCUUUGACGCGACAAGUUAUUAUUGUUUUAACGCAACUUGAGGGUAGUGGCGGUUUUUCUAUAGCUCAUAGACUUACACAUAGACUUGCUAAUUCACAGGGUUUAUAUGAUUGGGGGCCUUCUGGCACUUGUCACGAUCCAGAGCUAGAUUAUCAGACCAGCGGUUUGCAUAUGCCACGAUUGUUUUGAAUUUUGUUAUAUAUUAUGGCCUAAAUGUGUCAUUUAUUGUUUAAUCAUCUCGAUUCUUAUUCCUCGAAAAUUGUUUAUUGAAAACGUAUUAUACGAAUAAUGCAGUGUUCAGUUUUUAUGACGUAUAAACGUGAUUGUUAACGUAACUACGUUUGUUCUCUCGUUAAGUGACUUAGUUACGUUAGCUGUUUGGUGUUUAAUAGUACAGUUUCAGUAACAUGCUUUUUAGAUUGUCUUGCAAAGUUUGUGUGAAAUCGUACAUUGUUAAGAAUUAAAGUAAGCUUUCAAGUAAA